GUCCGUUUAUUCAGGCUAAUCGGUUCUUACGGAGGUCUUCAACAUCUGGAGGUAUUCCCAAGGGGCAAGGGUCAUUGUGCAGUAUAUGUAGGAGAGAGCCAGAAGAAGAGAUUCGUCGUGCCAGUAUCAUACUUAAGCCAGCCUUUAUUUCAAGACUUGUUAGCUAAAUCUGAAGAGGAGUUUGGCUUUGAUCACCCAAUGGGUGGUCUUACAAUACCUUGCAAAGAGGAUGUGUUCGUUGAUCUUACUUCCCGUUUAAGAAGAUCAUCAGCGGCAUCAUAGUGCAAAUGAUUCAACAAAUGAAAUUUUGUAGAAUAGUUGGCUUGUAAAUGAGAAAGAGAAAAUUCAUUGUAUAGUUCAAAUAUAUAAGAACCUUGGAGGGAAAAUUCUUCCUGCCAGUUUAUGAAUAGAAAACAUUCUGCUUCUGAUUAAUCUCCAUUUUGGUAAUAUUUGCUUAAAGAAUUCCCUUAAUCGCUUAGAUUCUCCGUUCUACUUCACUUUGUGGUGCAAAUAUAGAUGAUAAUAUGAUGAUGGUCAUUAGAAAAGAUCCAUCAUAUCCUACUUGGACCUUCAGAUGCACCGAUCCAUAGGUGCAAUGUAACAGUAUGAUGAUGGAUGGUGGUAAGAUGAAGCAAGUUAGACCAUAUAUCACAGG